AUAUUAUGUCCGAUUGUUUAAGAAGCAAAAGAAAUGUAUAAGAGUCCUUAUUUUUAAACAGGCAAACUAUUGUUCUUUUUUGGGCACCUAUGACUGUACGCGUAUUGUGUUUGCAGUGGCCCGCCGAUCUCACCUGAGUUUCGGGUUACACUUUCAUACCUCGCUGCACGAGGAAAUGGAGGACGCACCUGUCUGAGACAAAUACUGCUGCAUUAACGACACAUAGGCCUACUCGGACUUUCUUUACCUACUUUUGGGGAAUUUAAUGUUGGGUGUGUUUUAAAAGAUCUUGAGAUAAUAUGUGGCAGGGUAUAAUCUUUACCCUCUUCUUGUUCACAGGCUUCACCACAGCUAUCAAUGUGAUCUGCAAUAAGCCACGCUAUGUGGUCAUAUUAUUCCAGCCGGUCACACUCAGCUGUGAUUACAGUACCACGGCUACAUCCCCUCCACUGAUCACCUGGAAGUACAAGUCCUACUGCAGAGACCCGAUCCAAGCUGCUCUAAACCCCAGCAGUGCUGAUAAUGCCAUCGCUCAGUCCAACCCAAACUACAACCCCAACAUAGAGUGUGCAGACAGUGCCAGGACCGUUCGCAUAGUGGCUUCGAAACAAACGGCGGUCACACUUGCGAAAGAGUACCAGGGUCGUCAGAUCAGCAUCACCAAUAAUGCAGAUCUUAACUUUGCUCAGACUGCUUGGGGAGACAGCGGUGUGUAUGUCUGUACAGUCGGCUCAGCCCAGGACCUUUCAGGGAAUGGCGAGUGUUUUACAGAGCUCAUUGUGCUUGAGAGAAAGUCAAAUACUACAGACCUGCUGCCUGGCAUUGAUUUACUGAUCAUGGAAGACUGGUUGUUAGUGGUGUUGGUGGUCCUGGGCUUCUUGUUGUUGUUGCUCCUGAUCGGUAUCUGCUGGUGUCAGUGUUGCCCUCACACCUGCUGCUGUUACGUCAGAUGCCCCUGCUGCCCGGAGCGCUGCUGCUGUCCCCGCGCCUUAUACGAGGCUGGUAAAAUGGCUAAGUCUGGUGUCCCCAGUCAGUACGCACCCACCGUCUAUGCCCCAAGCAUGUACGGACAGCCAGCUUAUGGAGUUGGCGGAGGUGCACAUGGCAUGCCCAUGCUCCCUAUGCCGAUGGGCCACACUAUGGCGAUGGGUCCUCCCUCCAAUGGCUACGGCAGAGACUACGACGGGGCCAGCUCAGUUGGCCAAGGAUCUCAAGUGCCGUUGCUGCAAGACCACGAUGGUGGAGGAAACCGUAGUGGAUACCGUGUUCAGGCCGACCAAGAUGGAAACCCAACACGGGUGCUUUACUAUAUGGAGCGAGAACUGGCCAACCUUGACCCCAGUCGCCCAGGGAACACUCCAGGCAAAUACAGUCGUCUGGAUGGUAUGAGCGAGGUGAGCUCACUUCACGACGGUCCAGACUCUCGAAAUCGUGGUCGGGCCAGACCACCUCAGCUUACCACGGUGUACGAUGAUGUGGACGAGAAUAUGAGUACCAUCAGCAGCGUGUCUCAGCACAUCCGACGGGACGAGCACAGGCAGGGGGCUGACAAUCGAGGACGCGCCCGCUCCAUGGAACACUUAGACGAUAUUGGCCGCAAUUACCGAGACCGAGAUGACUAUCCACCCACUCGUCGAGAUGGUGGGGCCAGGGGCGACAGAAGAGGUUCGGAUGACGAGUGGAGCAGCAGCGGACGAGGAUACGACCGUGGCGCCGAUGACCGUCGACGCCGUGAUUACUCUCCAGACAAUCGUCCUCGUCGUGGAGACUCCUUCCGUGGGGUCGGUUUCCAGGGCCGCCGCAGCCGUAGUCGUGACGACCUGAUGGAUCUGGAGCGAGAUCGUGGCCGCGGAGGCCGGGACGCGUACGAUGACAGCUUCCUGAAGGAGGCCAUGGAAAAGAAGAAGUUAGGCGAACAGCAGAGAGGCCGCAGCCGCGAGAGGCUCGACAGCGAGAGCGACCGUUCUGACCGCUACAGGGGGCCACACGGCGGACCGCCUCCUCUGCCGCUCGCCCCGCCCUCUGGAAACCCCGAUCGCCGUGGCAAUCACAGCAACUUCCCACCUCCUCCCCCUCCCUACACUGAGGACAGUGACAGUUUGCCAUCAUCCAAAAAGAGCAACUUAAAAAAGAAUGGAGCUGUGAGCAGAGAGAGUCUGGUGGUGUGACGCGGCAGUGAAUGCUCAGGUGGAAAUAGUGUGUGUGUGUGUGUUUCCUCUGCUCUUUCACAAUACUUAUGUGUGUGUAUGAGUUUUAGGUUGAUUGCUAAGAAGAAUUUUUGUUAAUAUUCAUCAUGUAUUUUUAUGGGAUUUUUUAAUGAUAAUAAUUGUAUAGCCA